ACAUCCCAUCCUCCUAGGGGAAAGGAAAUGGCAUCAGUGGAGCCUGCUCAGGGGGCAGUGACCUUCGAGGAGCUGGCUGUGUACUUCACGGAGGGGGAAUGGGCUCUGCUAGACCCUGCUCAGAGAGCCCUCUACAGGGAGGUCAUGCAGGAGAACUAUGCCACUGUGGCCUCACUGGUAGGGUUUCCAGUUUCUAAACCUGAUGUAAUCUCCCGGCUGGAAUGUGGGGAAGAGCCAUGGGUCCCAGAUCUCCAGGGCUCUGAGGAAAGGAAGCUCCAGAAAGGUGCUCAGAUAGGUGAGGCAUCCUUUAAACCAACUCAGAAACUGGAACCACGCAGGACAUUAGCAGGAAGAUGCAAAGAGAAAGUUUCUGGGAGCUGUGGAGAGGCAAAAGCCUGUGAGAAUCAGCAUAGGCCGGAGAAAAGCUUCAGUAGUGGCUCAGACCUUAUUCGACAUGAAAGAAUUAAUAUGGGAAAGAGACCUUACACAUGCUCUGAGUGUGGGAAAAGCUUUAGUCAGAGCUCAACCCUCAUCACACAUUACAGAGUUCACACUGGAGAGAGGCCAUACACAUGCUCUGAAUGUGGGAAAAGCUUCAGUCAUGGCUCAGCCCUUAUCACACAUCAGAGAAUCCACACUGGAGAGAUGCCUUACACAUGCCCUGAAUGUGGAAAAAGCUUCAAUCACAGUUCAAAUCUCAUCAAACAUCGGAGAAUCCACACAGGAGAGACACCCUACACAUGCUCUGAGUGUGGGAGAAAUUUCUGUCGGAGUUCAGCCCUUAUCACGCAUCAGAGAAUCCACACGGGUGAAACACCCUACUCGUGCACUGAGUGCAAGAAAACCUUCAGUGAGAGUUCAGACCUUAUUAGGCAUUGGAUAAUCCACACAGGAGAGAAACCCUACACAUGCCCUGAGUGUGGGAAAAGCUUCAACCACAGCUCAAACCUGAUCACACAUCGGAGAAUCCACACCAGAGAGACACCCUACACCUGCCUUGAGUGCGGGAAAAGCUUCAUCCAGAGCUCGCACCUCAUCACACAUCAGAGAAUCCACACAGGAGAGCGCCCCUACACAUGCUCUGAGUGCGGGAAAAGCUUCUGUCGAAGCUCAAACCUCAUCACACAUCAGAGGAUCCAUGUAGGGAAGACACUCUGCUCAUGCUCUGAGUGUGGGAAAAGCUUCAGUCGGAGCUCAGCCCUUAUUAGUCAUCAGCGAAUCCAUAGAGGGGUGACAAACUUCACAUGCCCUGAGUGUGGGAAAAGCUUCAACCGGAGGUCACACCUCAUCACACAUCGGAGAAUCCACACGGGAGAGAAACCCUACACGUGUUCUGAGUGUGGGAAAAGCUUCAGUCGGAACUCAAACCUGAUCACACAUCAGAGAGUCCACACUGGAGAGACACCUUACACAUGCCCUGAGUGCGGGAAAAGCUUUAGUCAGAGCUCAAGCCUCAUCACACAUCAGAGAAUCCACACAGGAGAGAGACCCUUCACGUGCCCUGAGUGCGGGAAGAGUUUUAGUCAGAGCUCAACUUUUAUCAAACAUAAGAGAAUCCACAUAGGCAAGUAAUGCCAUAAAUGCCUUGACCAGGGCUGGCCAAAGAAUUUUUGUAAAAUACAUUAGCGAAUUCCCACAUAGUUUGCACCAUUUUCUUCAGUGUGGUGUCUCAGCUCUACGUGAGUUGCCUGCCUCUGUUUUGCACCUCCCCCUUCUUUGGGGUGAUUUUCACGAUCCUUUAUAUCAACUCCUUUGUCUUUGGGAGUCUCUUCCUCCUGCCAGAAAUAUUCAUCAGCGCCAGCUGAGGGUGAUGGGGUUGAUGUUGAUUAGCUACACUGAAGUAAAAGCUACCUGUGCCUUGUCUCCACUGGGAUUGUACAUGGAGGUAACUGCUCAGCGUAGCAAUCUUCUUGUAACAACAAAAGUACAUUUGCAGUGCAGACAUAACCUGGGUACAGUGGCUGAGUUAGUUUUCCCCUUCACCUGAGCUCAGCUCCAUAAUUUUUCCUAGUGUAGACAAACCCCGAGGAUCACGUUGAUACCAUUUCCCCAUUACAAUGUGAUUGUUAGUCACUGUGUUCCCCCUUAGGGACAGAUUGUCUCAAUCCUUGUUGUUCUCACCUUGCUCAGGGCUGUGCUGGACAGAAGUAUUUUUUCCACCAUUUUCCUCAAUUAAAAUAGAUGGAAAUAGAACAAAGAGCAGGAGCAGGACAGGGGUGAAAUGUGUCAUUUCAGCCUCUGUGAUACCUAAAGGAGAUGGGGUGUGUCAAAGGGAUUCCCUCCUUCCCCAUCACUGUGACACUCCCCCUUCGGCCCAGUAGCAUUAGCUUCUAUGUAAGGCGCAAUAGUGUUUAUCCUCCCCAUGUUCUACCCCUGCACCUCCCCAAGUGUCAUGUGAUGCCAUGUUCUGUGUGCUCCCCGUGCUUAGGUGUCACAAUUUGAUCCUAAAUCAGACUCACUGGGGCUAGAAAUGAAAGUGUCACAGACCUGGAGGGGGGAUUUGAAUGGAUCCCAAACACAGAAUAGUCAUUCUGUGCUUUCAUCUCUUGGCAAAGCUACUUCUGGGCUUUUUCCUGCUGAGUUGGGAUUGUUUGCAGAUGGGAAAGUUGGCUGCAUUUCCCUCUUGUGAUGAAGCUUAAAUCUUUUGUACAUAACAUGACAAUAAUAAUGAGGUGGCACAGACUGAGGAAAGUUUGAAUGGACCAGAGGAGAACACAAUGGGGGAAUCUGUUUUGAUUUAUCAGAUAUAACCUGCACUGGAAAUUCAUUUUAUAUGAAACUGAAGGUGUUUUAAAGACAUCUGUGUUGUGAGUUUUUCGCUUUCCUGAAGAUAGUUUGGUCUCACAAUUAGAUAUUACCUUUGUUUGACAGAAUUUACCUCUGAUUUACUGAGGAUUUUGAGACAAAUGACCAUUUGGUACAACAGAAUUUCUUUUAUUUGUGGCUGCUCCUCACCCCUCAGUGAUGACAGGGAGGAAGUUCAAGUGCAGUUCAGUCACUGGGAGAAAAUGCUCCAAGUUACUGGGCACGGUACCAAGGAAACAGUAGUGUUUUAAAAUUUCUACUCUGAAGUGGUGAACAACAGCAUACCACAAAUUGUGCAACUAACUGAAGUAACUGGACACAAGCAUACCUGUUGUGGGUGAAAUAUAAACGUAUAACAAGAGAUGUCCAGUAACUAGGCUUAAUCAAUUUAUUAAUUAAGGAUUAUUAGUCAAAGAUUAAUACAUCAUAAUACAGAAAGGAAGAGUGCCUAGGUUACCAAUCCCUCUGGAAGACAGGAUUGCAGAACUCACACUGUCUCAAAGAUCCUGUGCUUAUCCCUCCUCUAAUUGUACCUAACUGGGGGGGAGUUUCACAGUUUUCCCCAUAUCACUUUAUCUGAUACAUCUUUCUUCUCUGUUUUCUGUGACAUGUUUUUCAUAGACAAUGAUUGUUACACUUUGUAUGUGAGGGAUAUGUUGUAAUUUUCAACAUGGCAUAUAUCUUACAUUUUGACAAUUACACAUUGCGCAAAAAUGGAGAGGCAUGUACACAAGACAAGAAUUUUGAUUUGAAUAUUCCAAGUGUAGCAUUCUCUCUUUUUCUGCUAUAUUUAUGCCUACUCCUGAAAUGAAAAUACUUCAGCUAUCUCGUUGUUUAAUAUAGGUGAAAAAGCAUUUUGGAAGAUCUUAACAUGAGGACAAAUCAGGAAACGUGUGAU